CCUUGGAUUGGUUGGAUAUCACAUACACCAAAAUACACCCACCAAGCCAUAAAAAAAAUCUCACAAGAGAGUCCAGAAAAACCAAUGGAAGAGAAGGAGAAGAAGAAGAAGAAGCAAAAACAAAAACACCCAAAUGACCAAACAACGAAACCCACAUCAGAUUUUUCUUUCAAGCCAAGCUCAGAAGUGAAAGGUCUUCGUUUUGGUGGGCAAUUUAUAGUAAAAUCUUUCACUAUCCGGCGAGCAAGACCACUUGAACUUCUAAAAGUUCUUUCUUAUCCACCAACAAAUAAAAAUAGUAACAGCAAAAUCCCUUUUCCUUCAACGACAGCUUUCUUGCCUACAAAUUUCACUAUUUUGGCCCAUCAAGCUUGGCAUACACUUACUCUUGGUCUUGGUACCAAGAAAUCCAAGAUUUUAGUUUUUGUUUUUGAAUCUGAGUCUUUGAAAUUGGCUAUUGAUAGAAUUUGGCCGCCAGAAAUUCCUCUUGGAGAAGUGAACAAGAAACUCAUUAGAGGCUUAAAUGGGUAUGAGAUGGCAAGAUUUAAAUUUAGAAAAGGUUGCAUCACUUUUUAUGUUUAUGCAGUAAGAAGAAUAGGAAAUAUGGGUUUUUCUUGUGCAGAUGAUUUAAGAACAAUCUUGCAAUCUGUUGUUUCUCUUAAUGAUUUCUUGGAUCACACUGCCAUGCUUGCUAUGCCUCAUCAAAGAAGCAUCAACUAUCAAGCUGCUCCUGUUGCUGCUAUGGCUCACUAGCUAAUCAUUUUUUUUUUUUAAUCUUUCUUUUAAUUAACACCAUCUUUCUCUUAGGAUUUUUAAUUUCUUUUGGUUUGAUUUUACUUUUUCUUGUUAAAUAUAUAUAUUUUUUCUACUGAUGGAUUGGUGGGGGUAUUGGUUUAUUUGUUUGAGAUCUUGUGCAUCUAUGGUUCAUUUUCUUUUCUAAUUUAAAAAGAAAAUUGUAUUUUAAUAUGAAUAAUAUUUGGAAUUUAUUAAUUUCAGAGAUAA